CCUAAACUACGAUUAAUUGACAACCGUCGAUUGCCACCCUCUGCGCGAAUAUAAUCCUCCCCUUCGGCACUAGGGUUUUGGCUGCCUGCACUUUGCACAAACGGAAUCCAUCGCCUCUGCGGCUUACAUAUCUGAUAAGUGAUAACGCUCCGCCGCGGCCUAUUCAUCCUGCUUCCGGCAACAAGAUGGCGACCCAAAUGAGCAAGAAGCGAAAGUUUGUCGCCGACGGAGUGUUCUUUGCCGAGCUGAACGAGGUUUUGACCAGGGAGCUCGCCGAGGAUGGCUACUCCGGCGUUGAGGUUAGGGUUACACCUAUGCGCACUGAGAUCAUUAUCAGGGCCACCCGCACCCAGAACGUCUUGGGGGAGAAGGGAAGACGUAUUAGAGAGCUGACGUCGGUUGUUCAGAAGAGAUUUAAGUUCCCUGAGAACAGCGUUGAGCUGUAUGCUGAGAAGGUGAACAGCAGAGGGCUUUGUGCUAUUGCCCAGGCUGAGUCUCUUCGCUACAAGCUCCUUGGUGGUCUUGCUGUUAGAAGGGCGUGUUAUGGUGUGUUGAGGUUUGUCAUGGAAAGUGGCGCCAAGGGAUGCGAGGUGAUUGUUAGUGGAAAGCUAAGGGCACAGCGUGCUAAAUCCAUGAAGUUCAUGGAUGGUUACAUGAUCUCUUCUGGGCACCCAGUCAACGAAUACAUUGACUCUGCUGUUAGACACGUCCUCUUGAGACAGGGUGUUCUUGGUAUCAAGGUCAAGAUCAUGCUCGAUUGGGAUCCCAAGGGGAAACUUGGCCCGACAACUCCUCUCCCUGAUCUUGUUACCAUUCACCCACCUAAGGACGAGGAAGAGUAUAUGAGGGCUGCUUCUAUGCCUGCUCCAGCAGUUGAGGCCGAGAUUCCUCCUCCUGUUGCCGUUGCAGUUGCCUGAAGAUGCUCGUAUCAUGCCUUUUUGAGUCUUCAGCUCAAUGCUGCCUAGACAACAAUUAAAAAGUUUCCAUGUCGAGGAGUUGUUUUUAGGUCUGUUGUCUACUUAGUACUUGUUUUGACAUUUCUUGUGACAAAUUUUGUUUUGAUAGCAACCGGAUAUAUGGUAUCUCAAGUAAACUCCGUGACAUGUGUUUUAAGCUUUGCUAAGUUACUACCUGUUUACAGUUCUUGCUGUUCUGUUAUAUGCUUGUGAAGUUCCUCUGUUCCUGGAAAGGCGACGCUGCAGCCUGCAGGAAUGUUAGUAAACGUGCUAGGAUGCCUAUUUCACCUCUCCGAUGACAUCGGCCAUCUUCGCCGGCCAAACCAUACUAAUGAAACCCUGCCAUGGGAAGGUUUUUUCCGCUGUGGAUCUUUGUCCAGAUGAAGAUGGCGGUGCUAUACCGUAACAUCAGUUUGAUUUCAAGUCAAUCAGCGAGAUUCAGAGUGUUGAAAGAUUUUUUUCACCGAGGAAGGAGAGCUGAACAGAUUACAAUGAGAGCAAUUAACAGUAGAAGGAAGAAAGAACAUAAGAGGUAGAGAAAUUAGGAAUCCAUCCCUUCAGCAUUUCUUCUUCGAAAGUAUUACAAACAAACUGCGACCCCACUUCUUGUGCCUUAGGUCCGUUUGACAGGGUCGAAGUUGGAGACACCAACUAUGGCGCCGAUGAUGGCGGUGAGCACGACGCCGCCGGCGAUGAUGCUGAGCAAGAAGUUCUUGAGCGAGGGGCUGACCUCGGCGGCUUCCGCCACCUCGGGGAUGACCAUGGAAGCCGUGAGCGCGGCGGCGGUCAAUCCGGUGACGGCCUUCUCCCUGAAGGAAGCCCUGACGACUUGGGAUCUGGCCCUCCCGGCGUUGGAUGAUGACGACGACGAGCUUGCCGGCGGCAGUGGCUUGAACGACAGGAAGCCCCCCUGCGGCGCCGGAAUCUUGUUCUGGCUGGCGUAAGUCAGGGGCAUGGACAUCGACACGGCUGAAGUGGAAGCGGCCAUUUCUUCUCUGGAGGGUUUGUGAGUUGUCUUCUUCUUAGCGCUCUCUGGACUGGAGGUUUUGGAAUUCGCGACUCUUCUCGCCGAGAAACAAAGACGAUGAGUAAGGAGGGAGGUUUUAGGGUAUUUGUUUAGGAGGCGGGGAAAUGAGAGGUGAGGAAUUGAGAUAUGAAAAAUGGGGGAGUAGGUGAUCUCGAUUGUGUGUCCUUCGUGGCGACGUCUCCGGUGGGGAGUGAUGGAUAACGUUAUCUUCGUUCCUUGGCCUAGUCACCGUCGGAUUCGUAGGA